UAUGGACAACAAAUUGACCCUUCCGAGUAAUAUUCUGGAAAUAAACAAUGGAAAUAACAAAGAAGAGAGCAAGUCUUUUUAUGGCAAAGAAACGAAAUGAUAUUCAAAGAAAAUGAACAAAGCAACUAAGAAUAACUGAUUUAAAAUAUCAAAACCUAAAUUAGAAGUUGUGAAUAACUAUGAGGAUAAAUAAAAUUGCCAAGAGUCCUACUCAAAUAAUUAGUCAAGAUGCAUACUUUAGCAUCACUUCGUGAGAUUUCUCCACACAUAAGAAGAGUAAUGAUCAAUCAAUUCUGAAUCUGAAGUUGAAGGAGUCGCCCAAUUACCAGUCGAUUAUGGAUUUAUGGAGAGACCAACAAACCUAUACAACUAUCCUUUCUCAACCAAAUCAACAUUUUACUAGUAGUUAUUUUACAAGGCAAUGUGAUGAUCAAGAAAUGGAGAAUACUGAUGAAGGAAUUAGAGCUGAUGAGAGAACAAUCCCGCAAAUUAGAAUGAUAAAUCUAGUUCAAGCAGUCAGGUCCAAUAAAAUUUCAGAGGAAUUAAAUCUUCUACUCCAGUCAAGCAAGAGAUUUAAGAUAACUGAAGUUAACUCACAGUUAAAGAAAGGCAAGCAAAUAGAUUUAAGUCCUAUCGCUAAGGAAGAACAUAAAGAGAAAACCCCAGAUCACUGAGAUUCUAGUCAAGAAUUGUAUGCAACAUCCCAUUUUCCUACCAAGUUUCAAAACAAAACACUUGUUCAAGAAAGUGAGUUGGAUCAUACACAUCUGGAUCUAGACAAUAGCGCAAUAUUUAAGGAAGAAACACAAAUAAUUAUCAAAAAGAACUGCAAGGAUAAUUCAAAAACGAAUAUACCAGCCUCUAGUGGUAUCAUAAAGAACACAAUUCCUGUCUUCAAGGCAAAACUGAUGAACAAAAACCCUAUUAACAAGCCAACUCCUAUAAUUGAGAUAAAAAUAACUGGUCCUGAUGAAGACUCUCAGGAAGAGAACAAGGAUGAAACCCUAACAAUUGAUGAUUUAGUCUCUAAAGCUAACUUCCGCUCAUCAACCCAGAUCUUGAAGAAAGACUAUAUUGACAAUAAGCUUGAAAAAGAUACUAUAGAAGGAGAAAUGGUUUAUUCAGAAGAUGAGAGUUACCUCCUUCCUCAGAGGCAAAGUACUAAUUUAUUGACUGAAGAUUAUGAGAAUGAGAUUCAUAAACUCCAUAUGCUCCAAAGUUUGCAAGCUUUACAGUAUUUAAAGACUAUUAAGCCUCCUCCUAUAUCUGAGCUGAAGGAUAAACUGGUAUUUUUACCUGAAAAGAAAAGUAAAAAGAAAACUUUAAUAUUUGACAUGGAUGAGACACUCAUCCAUUGAGUGGAUUCAAUUCAGGAUGAAAACCCCCAGUAUGUCAUCAAGGUAAUCCUAGAAGAGGAAGAAGUCCAAGCAGGAAUCAAUAUUAGACCAUAUGCUCUUGAAUGUUUAGAAGCUGUAAACCAGAAAUUUGAAGUGAUCGUAUUUACAGCUUCUCAUCAAACCUAUGCAGAUGCAGUUCUAGACUUCUUAGACCCACAAAAAGAGUUAAUUAAAUAAGAGGCUUUAUAGGGAUAGCUGCUAUGAGACAGAGGAAGGAGUAUAUAUCAAAGACCUUAGAAUAUUUGCUAACAGAAAUCUCAAGGAUCUAAUAAUCGUUGAUAAUGCUGUUUAUUCAUUCGGAUUUCAACUAAACAAUGGAAUCCCUAUAAUACCUUUUUAUGACGAUCAAAAUGAUGAAGAGCUCUUCCAUCUUGUCCCUUUUCUGGAAAUAUUAGCAGAUUCAAAAGACAUUAGAGAGAAGAAUAUUGAAGCCUUUCAACUUGAACAAAUGGCUUCUAAAAACGAACUCUGAGAUUUUAACAGAAUUUGAGAGAUAUCUGAGACCUUUGCAGGUGAAAGAUUUGAAGAUGAUCUAAACGAGUCUCAGACAGAUGGAUACCUCAAUAUCGAUUAAAUAUAAUAACUUUCUAUUUA